AUGGUCCUCUCCGACCGCGUCGCACAACCGGCCGCUGCAAGACGUGACGUGGAUAGGAAACCGAAGAGACGGCCGGUCGAGGGUCCAUUCGGUGGCAUGAACAGGACAGUGGCGAACAUCGACCCCAUCCGACGGCUUGCGCAGUCGCGAAAUCGGGAUAAGGACAGAGACACAGGAGACAAGGAGGGGCGCAAGGAUGAGAGGAGGGGAUUUAAGGCGCUGAAGAUGCAGAAGGCUCUCACGACUAUCAGCUAUGGGCAAAGGACGAGCGUCAAGGCGCGUAUCCAACAGCUUGAGUCGUUUGAUCAUUUCGACCUUUUGCCCUCGAUUAAGGAGGCGAUCGCCUCUGAUGUAUUGAAGGGUAUGGUCGAUAUAAAGCCUACACCGGUGCAGAGACUGGCGAUACCGGCAUUACUUGGGCAGGACACGGGCUCGUCACGGCGGUCUAGGGCAAAGCCCAUCUCGGGGAGAGAGGAGUUUCUGCUCGCGGCUGAGACCGGGUCUGGGAAGACAUUGGCAUAUCUUCUGCCAUCCAUCAAUGCCUUGAAGAAGGCAGAGGCCGACGACCCUGAGAUUGCUGCGUUCAAGCAGCGUCUGGAGGAAGAGAAGGCCCUACGAAACGAUCCCAGUUAUAGAGGUCGGUCUACCUUCGAACCACACCCUAGUACUGCACGGCCGCGCAUCAUCGUCUUGGUCCCUACCGCCGAGCUCGUCGAUCAGGUCGGUGCCGUGAGCAAAGCAUUGUCGCACAUCGUCAAAUUCAAAACAGGCCUCAUGUCAGCGAACUUCUCCGCCAAAGUUAUCGAGCGGGAUCUAUAUUCGCACAGCGGGAUCGACAUCGUCAUCUCAACUCCCCACCUCCUCGCCUCCGUGGCCGAGUCCGACCCGAACGUGUUGUCGCGCGUCUCGCAUCUCAUCAUUGACGAGGCCGACUCGCUCUUUGACCGCAGCUUCGCGCCCGUAACCACCAAGAUCGUCGACCGCGCACUGCCAUCGCUCAAGCAGCUGGUGCUGUGCUCGGCGACGAUCCCCAAGCGCCUCGACACCUACCUCGCGACGCAGUUCCCCAACAUGAGGCGCAUCGCCACGCCGAACCUGCACGCCAUCCCGCGGCGCGUGCAGCUGGGCGUCAUCGACGCCUCCAAGGACCCCUACCGCAACAACAAGAACCUCGCCUGCGCGGACGCCAUCUGGUCCAUCGGCAAGGACGCCACGCGGCACGAGGGCGCCGGCGAGGUCGACGUCAAGCGCAUCAUGGUCUUUGUCAACGAGCGCGAGAAGACGCAGGAGGUCGCCGACUACCUCGUGUCCAAGGGCAUCGACGCCGUCGCGCUGCACCGCGACACCCCCGAGCAGCGCCAGUCGGAGAUGCUGGCAUCCUUCACCACGUCCGAGCCGCUCAGGCUGGACGCCGGGCAGGUGGCGCCCGCGCGCAAGUCGUCGCUGCCGAACACAAAGGUCAUUGUCGCGACCGAUCUGGCCUCGCGGGGCAUCGACACCCUCGCUGUGCGCCACGUCGUGCUCUAUGAUGUACCCCAUACCACCAUCGACUUCAUCCACCGCCUGGGCCGUGCCGGGCGUAUGGGGCGGCGCGGGCGGGGGAUCGUCAUUGUCGGCAAGGAUGAUCGUCGGGAUGUUGUUGCGGAGGUCAAGCAGAGUAUGUUCAUGGGCCAAGCUCUUGUAUAG